AUGCGUCCAACACGCCUCCCUUUGCCGGCCAAGGCGCUGCUUGCGCUUGCCGUGGCACUGGCACUGGCACUGGCCGCCACGGCGUUGGCCCGCCACUCCCUCACCAUCGUUCCGGCGCCGGCGGAGCGGGCGGACGAGGAGGUGCGGCGUAUGUACGAGGCGUGGAAGUCGAAACACGGCCGUCCGCGUGGCAACUGCGACAUGGCCGGCGAAGAGGACCGGCUGCGGCUGGAGGUGUUCCGCGACAACCUGCGGUACAUCGACGCGCAAAACGCGGAGGCGGACGCCGGGCUCCACACCUUCCGCCUCGGCCUCACCCCCUUCGCCGACCUCACCCUGGAGGAGUACCGCGGCCGCGCCCUCGGCUUCCGCGGCCGCCGCAGCGGCGCGAGCGCGGCCAGCAGGGUCAGGAGCGGCGGCGCCCGCUACCGUCGUCCCCGCCCCCGCGGCGGCGACCUCCCCGACGCCAUCGACUGGCGAGAACUUGGCGCCGUCACUGACGUCAAGAACCAAGAACAAUGCGGUGGGUGCUGGGCGUUCUCGGCGGUGGCGGCCAUCGAGGGGGUCAACGCGAUCGUGACGGGCAACCUCGUGUCGCUGUCGGAGCAGGAGAUCAUCGACUGCGACACCGUGGACAGCGGCUGCAACGGCGGGCAGAUGGAGAACGCCUUUCAGUUCGUCAUCAACAACGGCGGGAUCGACACCGAGUCCGACUACCCCUUCAUCGGAACCGACGGCACCUGUGAUGCGAACAAGGAGAACGAUGAAAAGGUUGCGACCAUAGAUGGGUUCGUGGAGGUGCCGAGCAACAGCGAGACGGCGCUGCAGGAGGCGGUGGCGAUCCAGCCCGUCAGCGUCGCCAUCGACGCAAGCGGACGUGCGUUCCAACACUACAGCUCGGGCAUCUUCAACGGGCCGUGCGGGACGAACCUGGACCAUGGCGUCACGGUGGUGGGCUACGGCAGCGAGAACGGCAGGGACUGCUGGAUCGUGAAGAACUCGUGGAGCACUGACUGGGGCGAGGCCGGCUACAUCCGCAUGAGGCGCAACGUGCCAUGGCCCACGGGCAAGUGUGGCAUCGCCAUGGACGCGUCGUACCCGGUGAAGGAUACCUCCCACCCCGCCACGGCUAGGGCAGCCAUGGAUGUGCUCAAGAUGGUUCUUGCUUAG